UCCAGGCAUUUCUUUUUUGGCAACUUCAUUAAAAUAUUGCUUUUUUUAGUUCCUUUCUAACAGGCUGAUACUGUAUAAUUUCCACCGUCUGUUCUUUUUCCAUCUCUUUUCUUCAUCCUGCUCUUCCAUGGCGGUUCUCUCGACUUCUCACUUACCAUUGCACUGUUCAAAGCCUGAGUCAGGCUGUUCUUGGAAACCCAUUUUUUUCCCAGUAAAGAUAGGAACACCCAACCGCAAUGUCCCCAAGAAAUUGGUGCUCUCUUCAAGGAGUGUCGAUGAAAAUAUCUCUAACAACACUUCCUCCGCAAAUGCCUCUGUUCCUUCGACCCCCUCUCGAAAAAAGGUGAGGCAGCACACGAUUUCAGUGUUUGUUGGUGACGAAGGUGGAAUGAUUAAUAGAAUUGCCAGAGUUUUUGCAAGGAGAGGGUACAACAUCGAGUCCCUUGCAGUUGGUCUGAACAAAGAUAAGGCACUUUUUACCAUUGUUGUCUCUGGUACUGAAAGAGUGCUGCAACAAGUUAUAGAGCAAUUACAAAAGCUUGUCAAUGUCUGGAAGGUUGAAGAUCUUUCAAAUGAGCCCUUGGUUGAACGUGAGCUAAUGCUAAUAAAAGUGAAAGCAGAUCCACAGUUCAGAGCAGAGGUCAUGUGGUUAGUGGACAUCUUCAGGGCAAAGAUUGUGGAUAUCUCAGAAAGCUUACUAACUAUUGAGGUAACUGGAGAUCCUGGCAAGAUGGUUGCUGUGCAAACAAAUUUAAGGAAGUUUGGGAUAAAAGAAAUUGCUAGAACAGGAAAGAUUGCUCUUAGAAGGGAAAAAAUGGGUGCGUCUGCUCCUUUCUGGAGAUUUUCAGCAGCUUCUUAUCCAGAUCUUCAUGAAAAAGUACCUGCUAAUGGUCUUAAUGGGGCCAGAGCUAGAUCAGUAUCUAAUGAGGCUGAUGUUUCUGGAGGAGGGGAUGUUUAUCCCGUAGAGGACGGUUUUACAAUCAAUCAUGUACUUGAUGCUCAUUGGGGAUUCAUUGAUGACAGUACAAGUGGACUUCAAUCUCAUACUUUAUCCAUGAUUGUAAAUGACUCUCCGGGAGUCCUAAACAAUGUUACAGGGGUUUUUGCUCGAAGAGGCUAUAAUAUUCAGAGUUUGGCUGUUGGGCAUGCUGAAACUGAGGGGCUCUCCCGCAUUACAACUGUUAUCCCUGGUACAGAUGAAUCAAUUAGCAAGUUGGUGCAGCAACUUUAUAAGCUAGGAGAUCUUCAUGAGGUACAGGAUCUUACCCACUUGCCAUUUGCUGAACGAGAGUUAAUGUUGAUAAAGAUUGCUGUGAAUGCUGCUGCUCGACAAGAUGUCCUCGACAUUGCCAACAUUUUUAGGGCCAAUGCUGUUGAUGUUUCUGGCCACACAAUCACUCUCGAGUUAACGGGAGAUCUAGACAAGUUGGUUGCACUGCAGAGAUUGCUGGAGCCCUAUGGCAUUUGUGAGGUUGCUCGAACUGGUCGUCUAGCAUUGGUGCGAGAGUCAGGUGUGGACACCAAAUAUCUCCGUGGAUACUCUUUGCCUUUAUAAGUUUUUGAGAAUUUUCAAUGUACUUUUUGAGAAUCAAUUUUGUAAAGUUUGAACAAUCAAACUCUGGUUAGAGCUUGAUUCUUGUUAUUAGUCAAUGUUUAAUAUAUAAUUGGUUAUGAAGAAAA